AAAUUGUAUUGGAAUAGAGAUAUCAAAAGUAUAUAUUCUAUCUCAUCAUAACGAAAGUAAAAAAAUCAAGUAGGUUUUUUCUGACUGACAUUGUCAGACAUUGUUCUCAUUUUGUCAAAAGUCAAAACAAAAGGAAUUUGUUGGAAAAGAAUCCGACAAAAUGUCUGCUGCACGGCAAGCAAUAAAAGUUGGCACGAAGAAUGUGAGACCAGUGCUUUCUGUGACUCCUGCUGAAGCUAAAAGGAGAGUACUAAACCUCUACAAAGCUUGGUAUCGUCAAGUUCCUUACUUAGUUAAGGAUUAUGACAUGCCAAAGUCGGAGGACCAGUGCAGAGCUAAGCUGAAGGAGAUGUUCCGAGCGAACAAACACGUCACUGAUAUCCGGGUUAUUGAUAUGCUUGUUAUCAAGGGUCAAAUGGAACUAAAGGAAGCAGUGAACAUGUGGAAACAAAAAGGCCACAUGAUGGCCUAUUUCAAACCCACUGAAGAACCCAAACCUAAAGAUUUCCUAUCUAAAUUCUUUGCUUCAAAUGAAUAAAUCACUUUCAUUAUCAGUUUGUAUAGUGUAUAAAUGAUUAUUUUAAUAGUUCAAAAUGUUACAUUAAACCAAUAGAUUGAAUAAUAUUAAA